AAGCCGACAGCCCCACUUGGAAAAUUGGUGAGGAAGCUUGAUUUCUCCUUCUUUUCUUGCUCUAGAACACAAAUUGAAUCCAGAAAUUUCCCCCACCCCUCUGCAGAAUUCGGAUCUGCUCUGCUCUGUCCGGUUGCUGCUCUUGCCAGUUGUGGGUGCAAAUUCCUUGAAUUUUCGCCCCGUGAAUUGCUUCUGCACUUGCCGCCGGCUUCUCCCCCAGCCAAGCUCGGUUUCUGCAGCUGGAAAAUUAUGCAUUAGGAUAAAGUUUAAGCAUUAAUUAAAGUGGGAUUUAUGUGAUUGAGUGUUAAUUGACUGCUGUGAGAUUUUUGGAGAAAAUCCCGGGAGAUUAGCUAGUGUUUUGGCCAAUUUUGGGAGUGCAGUUACUGUUCACGGCACUGUUCACGCACAAAUGGCCAAUAAUUAACGGAGAUUUAAAUGAUAAGUUUGUGAUAUAAAAACGAAUUUGAAGAUAUCUGAUCAUGUGGAAAUUGAUAGAAAUAGCAUCGUGAUUAGGGGUGAUCCUAAUGAAAUUUCACCUUGAAUUUGUGAUAGUAUGGUAUUAAUUCUUAAAUAUUUGAUUAGGUUCUUGAUCGUUCUGUCAAUUAGCACUGAGAUCGAGUCUUUGGUUUUAUGCGAGUGAGGUAAGUAAAUUUAUGGUAAUGCCCGUAUCACUUUUAAAAGCAUGUUUUGACUUGUUUUUGAAAUGGUGGUGGGACUAAACCCGUUUUAUGCAAAAGUAAGUAUGACUAAUUUAAAGUGAAAUUUUUAUGCUUUUCAUUAAAUUGAGCAUGCCUACUUGAAAUUUAAUUGAUUGUCCUGAUGAUUUGAAAGUGAUUGGUGAAUUAUGAUUUGUCUGUUAACUUCUGCCUGUUUUGUCUUCGAUGUGGUUAUGUUAUUGAUAACCCUGCUAGUGGGGGUUAAAACGCUAGCACAUGUUGACAUGUUACUGAUAGAACCGGUUCGUUUCUAUUGCCUUGCUAGUAGGGAUUACACACCAGCAAAUACUGUAGCCUACCAGUGGGAGGUUUAUAACACUAGCCGUGACCUAUAGAGGAGGCGUCUAUUUCAUUCCUGCACUGUACUUGUUUUUCGUGAUUAUACUUGUUGGCAUGCUAUACGUUUAAUUAAGGGCAAUCCAUAUUUUACUUACUGAGUUUAUCUCAUAGUUUUUCUUGUCGACCAUUUCAGGAAGUGAAACCGAGGACGGAGAAACCACGGGAAGUGACGAGUUAGAAGGCUAGCCAUUUUGUAAAUUGAAUAUAGAUUCUAGAAAUAAAUCAUGAUCUUGUAAACUAGAGUGUAUUUGGAGAUUUUAUGAUAUCAAAGUAAAUUUUAAAGAUUUUA